AUGGCCGCGUUCACUGCCAAAGACAUCCCUGAUCUUCGUGAUCAGGUCAUUAUCGUGACUGGAGGAAAUGUUGGCCUAGGCUUCGAGACAAUACGACAGCUCAGCAAACAUAACCCAGCCCGAAUCUACCUUGCGGCCCGAUCCAAAGACAAAGCCGAAAAGGCCAUCCAAACGCUCAAGGAAGAAAACCCCAAGACGACGAACAUUACCUUCCUCAAGCUCGACCUGGCAUCUUUCGACAGCGUCAAGGCUGCAGCGGCCGACUUCCUGAGCAAAGAAUCCAGGUUGGACAUACUCGUCAACAAUGCCGGCAUUAUGAUGACUCCCGAGGGUCUGUCAACGGAAGGAUACGAGAUUCAGUUUGGAACCAAUGUCAUGGGCCCGGCGCUGUUUACUCAGCUUUUGCUCCCUAUUUUAAGGAAAACUGCCAAGGUCAAUCGAGAGACACGCGUUGUCAUGCUUUCCUCAGCUGCGCAUGCCCGAGCACCGAGCGAUAUCUACAACUUUGACGAAAUCCGAACAACGAUGCCCCACCGAGCCACUACCCAGCGAUAUACGUUAUCAAAGCUUGCCGACCUUCAUUAUGCCAAGGCUUUGGCAGAACGAGAGAAACAGGUCAAGAUCAUACCAGUUCACCCAGGCAUGGUCGCCACCAAUCUUCACCAUGCAUCCACAGGCACUUUCCUCAAGCCUUUCUUAUACGCAGCCAUCUUCUUCGCAACGCCGGUGGAAAAGGGCGCCUUAUCACAGAUCUGGGCAGCUGCGAGCCCCGACGCCAAGAGCGGACAAUACUACGGACCUAUUGCCAAAGCCGAGUCUGGAUCGAAGCUCAGCCAGGAUCGCAGGCUUCAAGAGGAUGUUUUUGGGUGGAUUCAGAAGGAGCUCAAGGGACAUGCGGAAACCAUUGCUUGA